AACUGAUACGUUUCGAUUGACUGACGUCUGAAAACUGUUUUCAAUGCACAGUUGAUUAUUUUGUUAGUAGUGACUUUAGUGUAUUUGGAAAAUAAAAAUGAAAAUAUUGUAACGUGUGUCUGAUUUUUUGGAGUUUGGAAAAUAUUUUGCGCAUUCGAAAAUGUCUCUUCCGAACGGUGUUGAUGUAUCGCAACUUGUGCAGCACCCAGUUUUAGCUGCUUUGCCGCCGUUUUUCCUAAGAGCUUCCGAAAGAUAUCAGAGAACGCCAAAAUGCGCCCGGUGUCGCAACCACGGCGUCGUGUCAGCCCUCAAAGGCCACAAGAGAUAUUGUCGCUGGCGUGACUGUGUCUGUGCAAAGUGCACACUCAUUGCAGAAAGACAGCGCGUUAUGGCAGCACAGGUGGCGUUACGUCGCCAACAAGCACAAGAAGAAAACGAAGCACGGGAACUGAACCUACUGUAUGCAGGGCAGCCUUCCGCCGCGCCGCACUUUCCUGAUAUGUCGGAGGAUCAACCAAUUCAUAAACGCGCCCGUAUCACUGAAGUUUGCUCAAGUCCAUCUCCACCCGAGGCACCGCAAGAAUCAAAAACACCGGCACAAACACCCCCACUCUCCACUCCACCACCUCGCUCACCGUCCGACCACGAAUUAAACGUCGAAGAAGAAUUAGACCAUUCUGAACCCUCUCUUACACCAGAAAACCUUUCAAUGAAAGAGAGACAAGAUGAAGUCAAAAAAGAAGAAGAAGAAAAAUGGGAAAACCAGAAUUACAAAUUUCGACGCGGGAAACCUGAAGGACAUAACAUGUCCGAACCCAUAGAUGAUCCAGUUCCUUUCCAGAAAUCGCCUGUCGAUGUUCUCAUCAAAGUGUUUCCUAGACGCAGCCGUCACGAAAUUGAGGCAAUACUCGCGAGAUGCAAAGGAGAUGUGGUAGCAGCUAUGGAAAUGAUGAUAAAUGGACCUGAGCAGUCCUACAAUUUAACUCCCGAUUCGCCUUACCUGCAGAACUAUCAAUCAAAAUCUGCCUUUUCUCCAUUAUCCAAUCAAAGCUUCAAGUUUUCACCUUCAAGACGAUUUCUUACUCCUCCUUACAGCGGGACGGGGUACUUGCCAACUGUGAUACGCCCUCCUCCAGAAUAUUUAUCGUCCUUUUUACCUCCUUCUGAACUUAUGUAUGGACGGCAGCUGCAGGUCCCGUCGCCUGGAACUUCCCCCACAUCUGACAAUACAAAUAAUGAAGGAUUUUCUGAUUAGGGGUACCUGAAAUACUGGACAGUGCUUUAAGGUUUUCCGCUGUCCAAAUGAUCAUAAAAAUUAACACCUGCAGUCUCAAUUUUUUUGGUGAACUUAAAAAUAAUAAUGCAUUUUGCUGUAAUUUGCAUUAGUAAGAAGUAAGGACUUUGUAACAUGAAUGUAAAUACGAACAUUAAAAUUAUCUAUAUGAGAAAGUGUAA